CUUUUUUUUUUCUUUCUACUCUCAGUUUUUCUUUUAAACGCGCGUCAACAAUGGAUAAAUAUCACGGUGUCUUUGUAAGAAUUGUUUUACAUAAUAACGAUGCCAUCAAAGGCCAUAUUUACGGAAAGGACGAUAAAGAAAACCUCAUUUUACGAAAUGCUACCGUUGAACGUGCCGGCGGCUUCAUCUCUAAUGAAGACAUGUAUCCUAUUGUCACGGCACAAAUUGCUGACUUGCAAAUUCUUCAAAUGAAGACGGACAAGACUCCUACGCAAGAAGCGACACAGGUGCAAAACCAACCACCCGUCAUGACUUCUCAACAGCCUCUUCAGCAACAACAACAACACCAGCAGCAGCAGCAAAAACAACAACAACAACAACAACACCAGCAGCAGCAGCAGCAGCAGCAGCAGCAACAACAACAACAGCAGCAACAACAACAGCAGCAGCAACAGAAGCAACAGCAGCAACAACAAGAAUACUUGAAGCAACAAGAGCUUUUAAAGCAGCAGGAGCUAGAAAAGCAGCGACUUCAAAUCCAACAAAUACAAUUUCAACAGAUGCGACAACAACAAGCACACUUUCAACAGCAGCAACUGCAGCAGCAGCAGCAGCAUAAUAUGAUGUCAUUUUCUCCUCAAGUCACUCCUCAUAUGGAUCCUGCCAUUCUGUAUCAACAAUCCAAGAGCCAAAACGAUAAUAGCAUGCCACAAGUAUCUAGAGAUUUUGUCAAUAUGUCUUUGACCGAUAAAUCAGGCAUGAACAGUCACGCUACCAACAUUGAUCCUGCCAUCCUGUUUACUCAAAGCGCACCUCCCCCUACUAGAGAGCCUCAAUACCAGCAACAACAACAGCCAAUGUAUCCUCCUCAGCAUCAACAACAACAAGAUCAAUACCACCAGCAACAAGACCAAUACCACCAGCAACAACAACAACAACAGCAGCAGCAUCAGCAACAACAAUCUACGAAAUCUCUGGAUCCCUCCGUUCUUUUUCAACAACAAAAACCAGCUGAGCCCACACCCCAGGCACCCUUCCAAGAUCCUGCAAUUAUUAGUGUCACGACUACUACGACUACGACUACAAAGCCAGCUGAAACCAAACCCAAGCUUCCUCUCUUUGGAGGUAGAAAGGUAAAGAAACCGAUAAAGGAAGUGGUGGUAUUUGAAGACUAUUCCGAAUUCGAAAGUGGUAAGGGUAUUGUGAAGAAGGUUCAACCUAGCAAUAGCAGUAAAAAAAUAGACACGCCUAAAAGAGCAAACAAGGCCAAAAAUGAGGAUAAGCCAGUUAAAGGCAAAUCUGAGCAAAAUGAAGGUAAAAGGCACACCACCAAUCGGAAUAUCGUACCUCCUGUCGAAACCUUAUCAAAGCAAUCUUUGAUUCCUGCAUCGCUUAUUCCUCCCAAGGCCAGAAGAAGUGGCUCGGUUACUCCUCAACCACAGUUUACUGCAAAACCUGUUGUGGUCGAGCCUUGUCGUAUUUUGACUGUUUCGGGGGGUAUUCAAAUCCCAACUGUCACAUCAGGCCAAAUGGAAGAGGCAAAGCAAACAGCUAGAGAGUCUGGUUAUACUCAAGUCCAACUCGUAGAAAAUGGUGCGUUUGGUAUUAGUAUGAUGGUAUUAAAGGCAAUUGGGGGUCAUCGUCGUAUUCAACCCGAUAACCAUAAUGCUGCACCUGUGGUUGUUAUUUUAGCUGGUCCCACUUCUAUCGGCGAGUUUGGUAUUGCCGCUGCACGCCAUUUGGCCAAUCGUGGAUGCCAAGUCAUUGUGUCUAUUACGGACGAGACUUAUUGCGGAGCAGCUAGUGUUGAGCAGUACAAGUCACUUGCUAAGUUCUCGGGUGCACGUAUUGUAUCGAAUAUUAAUGAGUUACCUAACCAAUACACGACGCCUGUUGAUAUCAUUGUAGAUGCGUUAUUGGGAUCCGAGACCGAGAGUUUGUCUGCUUCGAUCAAGAGUCAGAUGGGUUGGGCGAAUGCAAACAAGGCUCCUGUCUUGAGUAUCGAUUUCCCCAGUGGAGUCAAUCCUAAUAAUGGCGCUUUCCCUGCUAAACAUUACAUUACUCCUAAAUGGACCUUAUGUCUUGGCGCUCCUUAUACCGGUUGUACUUCCCGUAACGUCACUGGUGAAUUAUUCUUGGCUGAUACAGGUUUAUCUUUUAUUUGUUUCCAAUCCUUCAUUCGCAAUUUCCAUAUUCCUUGGGGAAGUGAUUUUGUUUUAGCCUUGGAGUAUGCAUAAUCUCUCUCUCUCUCUCUCCCAAUCCACUAACCAUAUAAAAAUAAAAAAACGUCACUUUUUUAUUUUA